AUGGGUCCCCGAGGCGCACGCGCCUCAGCGCUGAGGCUGCUCGCGCUGGGCGCGCUGCUCUGGCCCGCGGCAGGCGGCUGGGAGCUCACCAUACUGCACACCAACGACGUGCACAGCCGGCUGGAGCAGACGAGCGAGGACUCGGGCAAGUGCGUCAACGCCAGCCGCUGCGUGGGCGGCGUGGCACGGCUCGCCACCAAGGUGCGCCAGAUUCGCCGCGCCGAGCCCCACGUGCUGCUGCUCGACGCCGGCGACCAGUACCAGGGUACCAUCUGGUUCACCGUGUACAAGGGCGUCGAGGUGGUGCACUUCAUGAACGCCCUGGGCUACGAUGCCAUGGCACCGGGAAAUCACGAAUUUGAUAAUGGUGUAGAAGGCCUGAUUGAUCCACUCCUCAAAGAGGCCAAAUUUCCAAUUCUGAGUGCAAACAUUAAAGCCAAGGGGCCGCUGGCGUCUCAAAUAUCAGGACUUUAUUCGCCGUAUAAAAUUCUUCCUGUUGGUGAUGAAGUUGUAGGGCUUGUUGGAUACACUUCAAAAGAAACCCCUUUUCUCUCCAAUCCAGGAACGAAUUUAGUAUUCGAAGAUGAAAUCGCUGCAUUGCAACCUGAAGUAGAUAAGCUAAAAACUCUAAAUGUGAACAAAAUUAUUGCACUGGGACAUUCUGGUUUUGAAACGGAUAAACUCAUCGCUCAGAAAGUGAAGGGCGUGGACGUAGUGGUGGGAGGACAUUCCAACACCUUUCUUUACACAGGCACUCCACCUUCCAAAGAGGUGCCAGAGGGGCAGUACCCAUUCAUAGUCACGUCCGAUGACGGACGGCAGGUUCCCGUGGUCCAGGCCUAUGCUUUUGGCAAAUACCUAGGCUAUUUGAAGGUUGAGUUUGAUGAAAAAGGAGAUGUCGUCACUUCACAUGGAAAUCCCAUCCUUCUCAACAGCAGCAUUCUGGAAGAUCCAAGCAUAAAAGCAGACAUUAACAAAUGGCGGAUAAAAUUAGAUAAUUACUCGAUGCAGGAACUGGGGAAAACAAUUGUCUAUCUGGAUGGCACCACUCAGUCAUGCCGCUUUCGAGAAUGCAACAUGGGCAACCUGAUUUGUGAUGCUGUGAUUAACAACAACCUGAGACACCCGGAUGAGAUGUCCUGGAACCACGUGUCCAUGUGCAUUUUAAACGGAGGUGGCAUCCGGUCGCCCAUUGACGAGCGGAACAACGGCACGAUUACCUGGGAGACCCUGGCUGCUGUGCUGCCCUUUGGAGGCACCUUUGACCUGGUCCAGUUAAAAGGCUCCACCCUGAAGAAGGCCUUCGAGCACAGCGUGCACCGCUAUGGCCAGUCCACGGGGGAGUUCCUGCAGGUGGGCGGAAUUCACGUGGUGUACGAUCUUUCCCGAAACCCUGGGGACAGAGUGGUCAAAUUAGAGGUUCUUUGCACCCAGUGUCGCGUGCCCUGUUACAAGCCCCUCAGAAUGGAUGAGGUGUACAAGGUGAUGCUCCCGAGCUUCCUUGCCAACGGUGGGGAUGGAUUCCGGAUGAUAAAGGACGAAGUGUUAAAACAUGACUCUGGUGACCAAGAUAUCAACGUGGUUUCCGGAUACAUCUCAAAAAUGAGAGUAAUUUAUCCAGCAGUUGAAGGUCGGAUCCAGUUUUCUGCAGGAAGUCAUUGCCAUGGAAGCUUUUCUCUAAUACUUCUUUCAGUUUUGGCAGUGAUCAUUGUUUUAUACCAAUAG